AUGGCGGAGCUGACGGACGCGGAGCUCCGCAAGGAGUUGCUGGCGCUCGGCUAUCGCCCGGGUCCCAUCACCGCCACCACCCGCAAGGUCUACAUCAAGAAGCUGGGCUGCCUGCGGGCCGAGGUGGCGGCGGCCCGGCGCAGCGGCCGCACCGCGCCGCCCAGCCCGGGCCGCUCCUCCGCAGGGCCGCCGCAGGCCUCGCCCUCGCGGCAGCGCUCCGGCUUCACCGGCGCGGCCGCGCGUGAGAGUGAGGAGGAGGACGAGGAGGAGGAAGAGGAGGAGGAAGUGGGGCGGCCGCCAGCGUCCCGCUGGGGGACGUCCGGGGAGAGCGGCGGGCAAUCCUGGGGGGACCCACGGGGGUCCCCGCCGGGCCGGGCCGGAGGCAUCAGGGUUGAGGGCGGCUCCUCCCGGGACAGCCUGGGGAGGUUGAGCCCUUCGGAUCAAUGGGGGACGACUGUGGAGAGAGGUGGCGGUGGGCUGGGGGCAUCCCUGGCCGGGCACGGGGGGUUCAGCUCCCCCUCGCAGUGGGACACGUCCAUAGAGAGGAGCGGGGGCCUGGGGGCGGACAGGGCCGGGGCGCUGAGCUCUGCGUCCCACUGGGACACAUCCAGAGAUGUCGCAGAGCACGGCCGGGGGCUCAGCCAGGGGCUGGGGACCACCCUGGAUGGGUUUCGGGGCUCCUCACUGCAGUGGGGCGCCUCAGAGAGGAGUGGGGGGCUCAGCAGUGGCCUGAGACCCACCCUGGACAGGAUCCGGGGCUCAAACUCCACGUCCCAGUGGAGCCCCACUGCAGAGAGGAGCGGGGGGCUCGGCAGCCGGGCGGGCUCGGGCUUGGAUGGGCUUGGGGGGCUGAGCUCCACACCCUACUGGGGCUCCUCGGCGGGCUCCAAACCCCUUCCCAGCGAGGAGAAAUCCAGGGGCCACUGGGGCACAUCGGGAGGGGGAAUUGGCUCCUCGGCAGGCUCCAAACCCCUUCCCAGUGAGGAGAAAUCCAGGAGCCAUUGGGGGACAUCGGGAGGGGGAAUUGGGGCGCAGAGCUCCCGGGGUGCCUGGGACACUGCGGGCGAGAGGAGGGGGCUCUCCUCCAACAGCUGGUGGAGACGGGAGAGCGAGGUGACCCCCAGCACGCAGUGGGGCUCCUCGGCGGCCCCAGGCAGGUUCAGCAGCCUGUUCAGGAGGGGGAAGGAGGACCUGGCUGCCAGCGUUGGGAAGGAGGCAGAGCGGGAUGCGGGCAGCAGGGCUGGGGGGCUGAUCCGGCGCUUCCCGUGGCGGGCAGCCGGCGAUGAGGGGCACGGAGUGACCCCACGGACGGCCCUGCUGCGCUCAGCGCCCCGGCCCCAGCCCGAGGGAAAGGGGAAAGGCUUGGAGUAUUACCUGUCCCAGUUCCUCUGCUUCGCCAGCUUGGUGCUGCUGCUGAUUUUUCUGGGCAUCCUCGUGGUGAAGAUGGCUGGGUCAGGCUGGCUGGACGGGAGAGAGGAGAGGUUUAAUCUCUUGCCUGUGGAUUGUGACAAAAGAACGGAUGAUUUCUGCCAGGCCAAGCAGAAGGACGUGGUGAUGGCCAUGCUGCACGAGCUCUACAAUUACCUGUCCGUGCAGGCAGGUAAUUUUGAAUGUGGAAACCCUGAGAACCUAAAAAGCAAAUGCAUUUGGGUUAGUGAGGUGAAGGAUCACGUGCUGAAUGUAACUGGCAGCUCCUCACAGAAGUUUGAAGCUGCCCUGCACUGGAUCCUGAACAGCAACAAGGAUUUGGGAAUUUGGUUGAAAGGCAGGGAUCUGUCAGAGCCUGUUUCCAGCGUGGAGGAAGUGUUCUGCCUGGAAUCUGCCCACCCCCAGAUGGGGCUGGGCUGCCGCUUCCGCCGGGCCGUGGUCACGGCCAUCAUGAACCUGUUCCUGUUCUUCUGGUGUCUGAUAACCCUUUGGGGCAUCCUGCUCUACCUCCGCUAUCGCUGGCGCAAGAUGGAGGAGGAGGAACAAGCCAUGUAUGAGAUGGUGAAGAAGAUCAUAGCUGUUGUCCAGGACCACUACAAGGAGUGGGAGCGGAAUUUGGAGCGUUACCCCUACGUCGGCAUCUUCCACGUGCGGGACAGCCUGAUCCCUCCUCAGAGCAGAAAGAAGAUGAAGCGGGUGUGGGAGAGAGCCGUGGAUUUCCUGGCCUCCAACGAGUCCCGGAUCCAGACAGAGUCACACAGGGUGGCAGGGGAGGACAUGCUGGUGUGGAGAUGGACUCAGCCCUCGUACCUGUCGGAUUCUGAGCACUGAGGGCAGCAGGAGGAGCAGCAGCAGGGUGGGACAUGGACCCUGUGCAGGCCUCAGGGCCCUCACUGGUGGUGGGAGGAGCAAGGCCUGGCCCAGGCUCUGCUUGCUCUCACUGCUGGAACUCUCCAAACAAACACGUUCAGGGCAAUACUGGCUUGGAAAGAAGAUGGGCUUGAGCUGGUGGGAAGCUGGGAUUGCACCAAAGUGAGCCUUCCACAGAGACCUGGCUCCCGUGGCAAGCAAACAACAACCUACAAAGAAUAACUGCACACCCCUCUCGAGGGCUGGGGGUGCAAAAUUUGACCUCAAUUCUGCAAAGGCCAAACUGGUGGCAGAGUCCAUCAGGGAAUGUGCUGAAAGAGAACAUUUCCCAUGGAAACAUUAGGGUGGCAGUUGCAGGCACGUCUUUGUUUGCAUUUGUUUUUAUCAGUGCAGAGACAAUGAGGAAGCACUUGCUGCUUCCCAGCAAGGAAAAUGUUUUGUGUUGGCUUCAUCCAUCCAAAAUUGGGAGAGGGGGAAUUGGGUGAAAUGGGCCUGGAGAGAGGGGGAGCCUGACGUGCCUUGGUGGUUUGGGCUGGGCUGGGGGGGGUGGAGGAGAGUUUGUGACCCUGUUACACUUUUAAGUCUGCAGUCUGUGUGCUUUUUUAUUUUUUGGGGGUGUGGGGUGGGAAUUUGGGUGGAAAAUAAAGGAUAUAGGAAGCUUCUAAAGGCGCUUUCCUGUGGUUGCAGCUCAGGAGUGCUCCGUGGCUGUUCAGAGCAGCUUUGGGAGGCUCUGAGGUUUGAGCUGGGCAGCUGCAGUGUCUGUGUUUGUGUCAGAGCAGGGAGGUGCCAGCUCUGGGAUUGUCGCUGUUCCUGCAGCCCCCUGUGGGUCCCAGGAGCAGCCUGGCUCUGUCCCAGCCCUGCUGCAUCGUAUCUGUGUCUGUAAUCACUUGGUUACUUCAGCUUCUCUUUCUGUCCACUGAAGGAACGUUUGUUUCCCAGGCAGUGGCACCAGAGUGUGGCAGUUCAGGCUCAGCAGAGGAGCUGCUGCUCUGCUCUGCUCUUCCAGGGCUCUGCAGCAGCUCCUGAGGCUGCAGGACCCAAAUCUUUGCUGGCCUCGGGCAGGAGGAGGUGCAGAGUGAAGCCAGCAGGGAUUUGAACCCUGUGGCCCCUGGGUGUUGCUCUCUUGAGGACAUCCUGGGGCUGGAUGCUCAGAUUGCUCCUGUCCCGGGCUCUGGGCUGGCUGAGGGCACAGCCCUGGGCAGGUGAUGCCACUCCAGGUGUGUUCCUUGUGCCUGCUCAGCUGGCAGAGCCUGCACCUCUCCCCACGUGGAUGGAGUUGAGCUCUCCAGGAGCAAAACCAGGAGAUCUUUCCCAUUAAAUGGGGAAUAUCCUGCAUGGAGGGGGCUCUUACCCCAGAUUUUUGGCUGUGGGUGUUUGGGCAGGAGACUCAACAGCUCUCCUAGGCAAGGACCAGCCCCUUGCACUGCAAUAAAUUGGGAAUAAAGGCAACCUUGAUUGUUCCCACAUGCAUAAAGAUCACUGCUGCCAGAGAAAUUCUCUCAAACACCGGUGCCUCUGUUCUUAAACCUUUUUAAACUCUUGGUGGGAUUUGGGGGAGCUUUUUUAACCGUCCAGAAGUGCAGAGUCAGGCAUUGCUGUCAUCCUUUUUGUAUUAAACCUGGUUUUGUAGAACAAACUUCAAUGGCUUGGUGCUGUUUCUAUGUUCCAUUUAGCUCUGUAAAAAAUCAAUAUCAAAAAUAAA